AAUCUCAACACCCAGACGCCGGUGACAGGUUCACGUUCGGAGGGGUAAUCUUGCAUGUCGUCCCACAAUUUGCCAUCAUGAAGCCGACUAUCAAGUCGAGGUCACUCAGCUGACCUCGCCUGUUCAUUUCUGUAUCAUGUAGGCAUCAGGACGCGGCACGAUAUCAACAAGGCUUAAUUAUCAUGAGCUUGGCUCUAGGGUAGUUUACAACCCCAAGGAAACGCCCUGUCUAACAGGCAUAUAUAAAGCUGUUUCACGAGGAUGCACUGCUAUGGCAGUUGCCUCCUUCCUGAACAAAGCGUGUUCAGAUACUGUACAAUCUGUUCAGGCAUUAGAUGGAUAGAGUAUGCCACAGGCAUCACGAGAGCUGCACCUUCCAAAACUGGCGUCUUGGAUCAUUUUUCUACAUAAAACAUUUUCGGUUGAUGCCCACGGCGAAAAUACACCGGGUGCUGGGAGAGUCAGUCUUCCACUCAACUUUCCCUCUGCUUGGUCCUCAAUAAAGACUUUGGUAAAUCGUGCUGUGUAUGUCACUGCAGAUCUGCAAAUUUGCGUCGCAGGCUUGAGCUGACCAUGCUGUCUGGACUGCUCAUCUCGGCUCAUGACGAAGAUGACGGUCACGGACCACAGUCUCUCAUAGACAUUGCCGAUAUAUCUACGAUGGCUUUAUUCCAUGCCAUGGUCCAAGCUUCGCGGAUUAGCCCGACCCCUCUGGUGAUCGGAGAUGACCAACGUUGUAGAAUGAAAGGCAUGUCGCAAAGCCCCGACUAUAACUGCAACGGAAUGCCGAAAGCAGGGUUCCUCAUCGACUCAGGGCGAUACAACGAAGAUCAUGGAGAAGGCGCGAUGCAGGAGAUGGUCAACAAGAUUCGCGAAGAGAGACGGCGGGCGGCCCAGGACCGUGGCGCGUCAUAGUGUCUUUGGUGCUGAACAGAGCGCAGACCUAGUAACUGCGGAUAAAUCUAUAUUCCUACCCAGCGCGCAUUUAGUUCUCACGUGAUAGUAGAUGGACUGGGUCGUAAAACGCUUUUCAAUAUUACUCCUCG